CGGAGCUCGGCGCCUGCUUGCGGCUCAGGGGAGGCGCGGGCCCAGGAGCAGACAGCCCUGCGAAACGCAGUGACCCUGGUCCAGGUGAAGGCUAAUUUCUAUUCCAAUGUGGGAGUAUGAAUUGAGAGAUCAGAAAAGUGCUCAAAGGAUAACUGUGGUUGUGGAUUGAAGAAACAUGGAUUUCUACAGCGUCAUUGGCAUUGUUUUUACCAGUUUUCUCAUGUUUCAACUUCUUUUCCAUGUUGUAAGUUCUUGGUUUUCAGCACAAGUAACCUCAGGUUUUAACAAACUAAGCACCCAAAAGAAGAUUGAAUGGAACUCAAGGAUAGUAUCCACAUUCCAUUCCUUGCUGGUUGGUUCUUUAUGCCUAUAUAUCUUAUUUUUUGAUGAAGCUACUAUAGCUGAUCCCCUUUGGGGUGAGCCUUCACUUGUUCAAGUGAAUCUUGCCAUUGCUUCAGGCUACCUCCUCUCUGAUAUGUUUCUUAUCCUUUUAUACUGGAAGGUGAUUGGUGAUAAGUUUUUUAUCAUUCACCAUUCAGCAGCUUUAUAUGCAUACUACUUUGUACUGGCGAAAGGAUUGCUGGCAUAUUUUGGUAACUUUCGUCUCAUUGCAGAGUUUUCUAAUCCUUUUGUGAAUCAAAGGUGGUUCCUUGAAGUGCUAGGAUAUCCCAAGUCUUCAAAAGCUAACAUCAUCAAUGGCAUACUAAUGACAAUAGUAUUCUUCAUCGUAAGGAUUGCAGUCAUAUUUCCUUUCUAUAGUCAUAUUUAUGCUGUAUUUGGAACAGAAGGUUUCAACAGACUAGGAUUUGGUGCCCAAAGUGCCUGGAUUGGUUGCAGUGCUGUUUUAGAUGUAAUGAAUGUAAUGUGGAUGAUCAAAAUUUCAAAGGGAUGCCUCAGAGUCAUCUCUCUCAUAAGAAAGGAGCAAACCAACAAGAGUCAUCAAAAUGGAAAACUUGACUAAAAAUGGCAUAUUGAAAAACAAGCUACUUCAUUACAACCUAACAUUUGUGCUGAUAUGUGCUGAUAUGAUGUUUCGUGGCAUGGUCUGUGCUUCUUUAUUAAUAUUUGCUAUUCAAGAUUUCCAUGACAACAUCUGUUUUUAAUUUUAGGAAAGAAAAACUAAGAGUAGCUUUUAUUCCGAGACACCUUUUCAGCUUUCCAGCUGCCUUAUAAGCAUGAAUACAACUUUAGGAGUUUAAAGAACAAUUUACAAAUAUAAUGGAGAUUCUUCAGAAAUGUAUUACUUGCACUGGCAUUUUUCACCAUGAAAAGAUGGCUGUGUUCAUAUGUGUGAUGCACUUUGUUUUAUCUGGUUAAUUCUGUCGAUAGAAUUUAAAUGACCUUCAGCUCUCUUUUCUAUCAGUGUUUUCUUGGCAACCAACACUUGUAUGGGGUUUAGCUUCUAAAUAGUCAAUAUUAACCAACAGACUUUGGGACAUGAAAUGGUGACUCUGGCACAGCUUAUCCAUUUAAAUAAUAGGAUGAAGUACUUUUGCUUCAUUAUAUGUAUCUAAUUAGCUUAGUCAUGGAAAAUAUUUCCUGCGUUGUGAGAUUUUUUUUAGGUGUAUGGGGAUUUUGUAUAUGUGCUCUUUUUACAUUUUUUUCCCUUGUUUAUCACGUCUGAACAUAACAUUUUGGUUACUUGGUAAUCAAAUUUUGGGGUUGGCUCAAAUAAAAAAACAACCUUAAUUUCAGAGGUAUUUUAACAACUUGGAAUUUCUUAAUUCCCAGUUUAAAGCCUGGGUUCAAAUCCUGUCCUUCCUGAUGGAAGAAAUCCAUGUUAUUAGAAAACUUAUUUCCCCUCCUUUUCUUAAUAAUUGACUUCAAGAGAACUGUUUUACACAGUUUUCUCUAGAACCGAGCACAUUCUUCCUCGAUAUGUGUUGAUGAAAGAAGAGAUUUGGGAAAAAUAAUCAAUCAGCCAACCAGUAUUUAACAUUAGUAGGCAUGUCAGAAGGACAUUUUGAAUGUGCCUGUUCUAAUAUUUUGACUCCAUCUCAUUUUGCUAAUCCCUCUAAAACUUCUAAAUAUCUGUUAGCAUCUUGAUGACAAGAUAUACUAAUGUUCAUCUGCCUUCUUAUUUGGUGUUUGAAAUAAUCAGUCUUUUACUAUCAGGAAGUAAAGUCUUUCACUACAUGUGGUCAUUUACUAAGGAAAGCUAUUCAAUAGGUUUUUUUAAAUUGUUUUCUUUAGCAUUUCAUCAAGUUAUUACUGUGGUCUAUUUUUAUAUUAUAGUAAGACCUGGCGUAGACCUAAUUAAAAACUUCCAUAAGAGAGGAAUGAUUAUAUGGUUAAAGUAAAAGGAUGAAUUGUGAAGAAAAAUGCUAUGAUUUUGCUGCCUUGUCUCCCUCUCCACCUACCUUGCAGAAGAUAAAUGAUUCACUUGUGAUUUGCAAAAUCUUUGCUGCAUUUAGAGCCCAAUAAUCAUCAGUACCAGAGGUCAUCUUGUGCAUUAUGAUAUCCAUCAGAUGCUUGAGGUAGGCCAUUUAUCUUCCUUUUUAAAAAUACCCUAAAAAUAUCUCAGGGUUUUUUGUUUUAUAUUUUUGUUGAGUUGAGACCCAGUGAUGUAUAGACAGUGCUUUUCAAGUUUUUGUCUUUAUUUUCAUUUGGUCUAAAUGACAAAGGACGAUAAUGAAAUUAUGUACAUGUGUUGAUUAUUAUCACAUGUAUGUAAAAUAGAGUAGUUUAUUUGCUGAAAGCCUGGUGCCUGAACUCUGUUGUUUUUGUUCUACCUAUGAAAGGAAAAUACUGUUUUUAUACAACCUAGGGUGGACGUCAGGGAUUAAAUUAAUUUUAAUAAAAAAAGAUUUGUUUCAGGUAGGUUUCUAAUUUUGCACCAAAUUAUUUUCACUCGAAUAGAACUUUCACUGUUCAUAGUAUGAUGAAAGUUCCACUUUGGGUUGUAAAUGGCCUGAUAAAGUUAGUAUUGAGUUACUAAAUCAAACUAGAGGUUUUUUUUUCCCUUACUCAAUUCAUUUGUCCAGUCUGUAAGUCAUAAAACCAUUUGAAGAAAAAAACUUAAACAAUUUAGUUAAACUAUUGGCAUUUAUUUUAAAAAUCAUUAAUACUUUUUUAUCUUUAAAAUUAAUGGCACACUACCAGCACCUUGCACAUAAACAGUCAAUAAAUAUUUAUUGACUUCAUUAUUUAGCUGGAAAAAUAGGACAAAUAUUUGUCUCACCCCUGCCUUUCUGACAAACAUGCAUACAUACAUACAUGCUGCUUUGGAAAUGCAUUCCUUUAGAAUGAAAUGAAUUUUUAAAUAAAGACCUUAGCCCUAAAAAUAUCUUGUUAGUUCUGAACACAGAGAUUAAAGAGCUGCUUAAGAUAAAGACAGUGUAAAUUUAAUAUUCCUAGAUUCAGUACAGUAUUUUCAGCUAAAAUUAUUCACAUUAUAACUGUCAUGAACAGUACCUUCAUUGGCAUAAGUACCUCAAAUAUAAAUCUAUUUGACCUGCCAUUUAUUUUUGCUUACGUUAAUCAAAUAUUUACUAUUUGUCUGUGUAUUUACUACAUAUCAUUUACCAUAAAUUCCUUAAUUUUAAAAUCUAAACUCAGUCCAGUUUCAUUGCUGAUAUAAAACACAUGAAAUGAAAGAUAGGCUAAUUUAAUAGCUUGAAAUUCAUAGUCACAGAAAAUAUAUUUCCUCAAACUUAGUUGUAGUGUGAUUAUAACAUUCUGAUGGUUUAGUGGCUGAGGAUGCCUCUGGUUAAGAGAUGAGAUAUCUUAGCAGCUAAAUAUGCUAACUAGAUGGAUCUUAAAUGAAUCUUUUAGGGGCUCUAAUAUUGGAUAUGUAAUCCAAAUAUUUUUCAAAAUACAGCAAGUUGACAUAAAGAAAUUUUCUAACAACCUUUUUGUAGGAAAUUGAUUGCAUUAUUGGUAACUUGAUAUUACCAAAACUAAAACUUUCAAACUGCGACUUUAAAAAUCAGCAGAAAAUUUUAUUGCAUAAGUUCAGUUAAUUACUCAUGUGGUUGUCCAUGCGAGAUCAGAGUUAAAGUAUUAGCUGUGUAAGUAAUUAACACAAUUAAAUAGUUUCUUUGGGCAAAUGAAGGAAUUAGGAGUUUGAGUUAUCUUUCUUAUGUAUAAAAUCCUCUUAGUGAAGAAUGUCUGCAAUUGUUUAAAAAUCAGAGUGAUAGGUUACAGUAUGUUUAUGUAAGAUAGGGAAAGUUCUUAUAAAUUUGUUUUCAGUCCAGCUGCUAAAAAUAUGUAACAUUUUUGGAAAAGUCCUGCAUUGAAAGAGAUAUAAUAGUUACAUGCCUUGAUCAACUUUAAAUGACUUUAAGUCACUUAAAUGUACUGUGCAGAAUUCAGUAUAGUCUUAAAGGUCUAGUUAAAAUUUACAUCGUUUGCAGCAAACAUUUAAAUAAAACUCUUUUCUAAAAUUUAAAAAGAAAUUUGACUCGAAUUACAUUUUUACUAAUACAGGUUUUUAAAAAAAAAUAUAUAGGCUUAAAAUUUGUAUAACUUCUUUGAAGUACAUGUGGAGUUUUGGUGGUAUAGUCACCAAAAAUUGGCCUUCAUUUUUUGAGAAAAGCUGACUUCAAUGUGAAUUGCAAGAUUAGUUUAUCGUACACGUAGCACAAGAGUUGCCCAAUAAAGGUGUGUAGGAGUAAGUAUUGUUGUGGUUUCCAAAUGUGUUCUUCUAGUUCCCAGAAGAAAAUUUGCUAUGUCCAAAAAGUGGUUGUAUUACUGGGGAUAUUUAAAAUAAGUCACUUUAAAUGUUUUUUAAAUUUUUAAAAAUUUUUAAAAAUUGCAAUUGCCCCAAACCAAAAGUUUGGCCAAAGUGGUUCUAAGCGAAUGCUAACCUGAAAAUAUGUCUAUAAUUGGUAAUAUCAGUGAUUCAGCACAUAACAUGAAGUUGUAGACUUAAAGUUCUAUUAAGAAGUAAAUGAAAAACAUAUCACCAGAAGAUAUGUUGCCCAAUUGGCGCACAGGUGUGUGUGUGUGUGUGUGUGUGUGUGUGUGUGUGCGUGCAUCACACACACGCACACACCCCUGAACUAAGCUAGAGUGGCUAAUGGCUCACUAGGUCUGAAGAAAGCAACUUAGAUCCAGUGGGGCUUAGAGAUGGGGUAAGGUUAUCAGAGAAGAGCUCUUUUACCUAUGUGUGAAGUAUGCUUUGAGCACAGAGACCCCUCAGUCCCUCUCUAACCCAGACCAGUUCACCGUGUUUUUCACUGGUAGUACAGAGAAACAUCACAUUGGUUCCUCUGAGCCUGCCUACCACUACCAUUCUCCCACAGCACGUAACUAGUAUACCCUCUGUUAAUGCCUCUCUUCCAUUAGACUUUCGGUCUUUAGGUGUGUUGGGCAAAUUAAGAAAUUUAUAAGUUAAUUGUGGCAUAUACGUGUACAGAAGACUUGUAAGCAUUAUAUGAAAAUAUGAGUGAAGACCAAUCAAAUCAUGUUUUAUUAGACAGCUAUGGAAAGUCAUUCAGUCCAGAUAGAAAUGGUUCUUUAGUAUUUAAAACUAUUUAAGAAUCCUAACACCCAUUUAUUGUGUGAGGGAAAAUCAAAGAUGUUGUGGUUUCACUGGAAACUAUCUGCAACUUCUGAUGAGAAGGUGAUUGGGUGAUAUAUACUUUAUGAGCUACUUAGGGACUUAAAUACUUGGUGUUGGCAUUAUCUAUUCAACAAUUCCACCAGUAAAUAAAUGAGUUGUUUAAGAUACUUUGCAAAAGUAUAACACUGAUAAUCUUUCCUUUUCCAAAUUUGAGUCCCAAGUAGCCUAUAAUUUCUUUGAUGACAACAACAGUAUGUGAAUGGGGAGAGCAUUUUGGAGAUGAGUGAAGAAUCAAAGGCAGCUAUAAUAAAAGGAUGAUUUGCAGUGAAAAUGUUUACAUUGAUUCACUUUGAGCAAAGGACAUGUCUUGAUGUGAGGCCCUAUGCUUGGGACCAAGGGCAAUGGAAAAGACUAUUUCCAUAUUGAAAAAUAAGUUUCUUUGCAUAAAGGAAUACCUCUGGCUGAAAACUCGUUAAGCGUUGGCUAUAUAAUUUUUCCCUUGUAUUUCUGUGUAAUCUUGUUGUAAUUAAAUGAUAUGAGGGUUAUUUGCUACUUUCUGGUAAAUGAAACCUAAAACACAAAAUCAAAUAAAACAUUGUGUAUUUUUUCUUCCUCUCUUGCCUGAUUGUUGAAAUAUUGUAUAAUUAUGUCUAUAUUUUAAGGGCUUUUAUGUAAGCAUAGAAGACACUAGAUUUUUAGUACUUGCUACCAAGAAAAUGUAUGAGAAUGUUUUAAAAUUUUUUAU